AUGUCGAUUCUCCUCACUGGCGGCAGCGGCAAGACGGCUCCACGCGUCGCGGCAUUGCUCGCCGCGGACAAGAAGCCCUUUCUCCUAGGCUCACGUCAAGAGCCUAGUGCUGGGUCAAAUGGCCAUCCCACCGUCAAAUUCGACAUGAGCGAUGAGUCGACCUGGACGAAGCUAUUUGAGAGCACACAGAUCAAAGCUGUCUACAUGAUGGAGCCUCGGAUUAGCGAACCUUGGGUGCCCAUGAACAAGUUCAUAGAUCUUGCCAAGAAGCAAGGCGUCAAUCGUUUCGUUCUAUGCGCUGGAACCUCGGCCACGAUUGGCAAGGACGGAAUGGGCAGAGUUUGGGAGCAUCUCAUUGAGUCCGGUGUUGACUACUGUGUGCUUCGCCCGUCCUGGUUUAUGGAGAACUUGAUUGAACCGGGUCUUGCAUUUACCAUCGGCAAGCUGAAUAAGAUCUUCACCGCCGCUCAAGGUGGGAAGAUCCCCUUCAUCAGCGCGGCUGAUAUUGCCGAGGUGGCCUACCACGCCCUGACGGAUGAGAAGUCAUAUAACUGUGACCUCAGGGUACUGGGGCCUGAGAACUUGACUUACGAUCAGAUUGCCGAGACGCUUUCCAAAGUUCUCGGGCGCAAGAUCGAGCACGUGAAGCUCGACGAAGCCGGCCGGAUUGAUAUCCUAGUCCAAGCCGGCCUGUCGGAAUACUUUGCUCGAUUUCUGACUCGUCUGGAGGUCUUAGCUUCUCAAGACUUUGAGAAGGGGACAUCUGAUGCCGUCGAAAGGGUGACAGGACACCCUCCGCAAAGCUUUGCGAAGUUUGCUGAGGAGAACAAAGCUGUCUGGUCGUCCAAUUAG